AAAUCCUCUCUCUUACUUGAUAUCUCUACAGCUUCUUCUUCUGCUUCUUCUCUCUCUCUCUCUCUUUUAAACUCUUGCUCCACCAUGAACUCAUCUUAAUCAUCGUCGUCCUUGCUUAAUUUCCUUCUCAGAUAUUGAGCAUGGCGUUUCACCACAAUCAUCUGUCGCAGGACCUCCCGCUCCACCACUUCACCGACCAGCAACAACCCUCAAACCAACAGCAACAGACUCAGCAGCUUCCAGAAACAACUGCACCCAAUUGGUUAAACACAGCGUUGCUCCGCUCCCAACAGCCUCAGCCACCGCAAACGCACACCCACUUCUCCGACCCCAACUUCCUCAACCUCCACACCACCACCACCACUCCCUCGGACAACACCGCUGCCUCUCAGCGCCCCAACCAGUGGCUCUCCCGCUCCUCCUCCUCCAUCCUCCACCGCAACCACAGCGACGUCAUGGACGGCGUCACUGCCGCCGCUGGAGACUCCAUCAUCGCCGUCGAAUCUGCCGAUUUGAAGAACAGCAACAGCGAGACCAUGAACACCAACAGCAAGAGCGAAGGCGUCGUGGUGGAAAGCGGAGCAGCUGGGACCGGAGAGGGAGCUCUAAACUGGCAGAAUGCUAGGUUCAAGGCGGAGAUACUGGGGCACCAUUUGUACGACCAGCUAUUGUCCGCACACGUGGCUUGCCUGAGGAUCGCCACGCCAGUGGAUCAGCUUCCGAGGAUCGACGCCCAGCUCGCCCAGUCGCAGCAUGUGGUGGCCAAGUACUCCACCCUCGGCGGUGGGACACAAUCCCUGGUUGGCGAUGACAAGGAACUGGAGCAAUUCAUGACGCAUUAUGUUCUACUUCUAUGUUCAUUUAAAGAACAAUUGCAACAACAUGUCCGGGUCCAUGCAAUGGAAGCAGUGAUGGCUUGCUGGGAAAUUGAGCAAUCCUUACAAAGCUUAACAGGUGUUUCUCCAGGUGAAGGUACAGGAGCAACAAUGUCUGAUGAUGAUGAUGACCAGGUGGAUAGCGAUCCUAACUUGUUUGAUGGAAGCCUUGAUGGUCCGGACAGCAUGGGAUUUGGGCCUCUUAUCCCCACAGAAACUGAAAGGUCCUUGAUGGAGCGAGUGAGACAAGAGUUGAAGCAUGAACUGAAGCAGGGUUACAAGGAAAAGAUUGUUGACAUCAGGGAGGAAAUUUUGCGCAAGAGAAGGGCAGGGAAACUUCCUGGCGACACAACAUCUGUUUUAAAGGCUUGGUGGCAGACACAUGCCAAGUGGCCUUACCCUACUGAGGAAGAUAAAGCAAGAUUGGUCCAGGAAACAGGAUUGCAAUUAAAACAGAUAAACAAUUGGUUCAUCAAUCAAAGGAAGAGGAACUGGCACACUAAUCCCUCAACUUCUGCAACCUUGAAGACCAAACGUAAAAGGUAAGCAAAAUAAUUCGUCGUCUUGGUAAUUAAGUAGUGUUAAGAGCAUUGCACCAACCUUAAAUUCGAAAAGAAGUAAUGCAGGUGAAAACAGCAGCGGUGACCGCUUCAUGUAAAUGGAAGAAAAUCCGGGAGCAAACCCUGAAUGAACCCCAAUUCCCAUUUCCAUACCAACCAAGGAUCCAACAUACUACAUAGGAUUACAACCAUAUAUUAUAAGGGUUUCGUGAAAUCUGCCGUGUGGUUUGAGCGAGGAACAUACAUCUUGCUUCAUUGAGAAGAAAGAGUUUAUUAACCCAAAGAUAAGCUAUGAGAGAUCGGAUUGUGCCAUUUUGCAGGUCUAAUUAGAGGCACGCAGUGGUGUUAUAUUACACCAUUCUAUAUCCGUAGGAAGAUUAGGAAUUAUGUUAAUGUAAGUGAAUUUGAUAAUUCCCACAUGCAUUUGGCAUAUUGAUAUGAUUUUUAUUCGUCUCUUCAUAUAUGUAUGUGUAUAAGAAUAAGUCAGGGGUGUGGCGAACACUGUACAGUGUAAUAAUUUUGCGUAAUUCCUUCCUGUUACUCUAGUGAUUAUACCCUUUUUCUUUUUUGUACUGUAAUCUGGUCUGAAAAUUUUAGCAGUGAUUGUAUUCAAACCAAUAUGAUUGGACUCCAUGUCUACUUUUUCUCUAAUUUAAGGGUCUCGUGUUCAAAUUUUGAAAUAAAUGGAAAGGGGUUUU